CUAUUGUAUAUAUAGCUUUACCACGAACUAACGGAAACAAUCUUGCACUUGGAAAGUCUGCCCGGCAAAUUUCAACAUACGAAAAGGGAGUCGCGUCGAAGGCUGUGGAUGGCGUACGAAAUGGAGACUAUAAUGAUGGAUUCUGUUCACACACAUUGUUCUCAAAGAAACCUUGGUGGAGAUUAGACCUCGGUGAACAGGUCAGUUUCAACUAGGGGCGAAUUUACCGUGGGAGUGCAGGAGGGGGGGGGGUGCGCACCCCACCUAGUGUCUAUAGCUCUCCUCCUAAAGAAGUCCAGCACCACCCUAAAACAAUCUGCUUGACCAUACAUUUUCUGCUUUUCGAAUAGCCAUUAGCGGAACGUCUACUGUUAGCACGUGUUGAUUUCUUGAAACGAUUUAAUUGAUUUGUGCGAUCAUAAAAAAAUAUUUAGAAUGCUUUAGUUAAAUAUCAUAGUUAAUAAAACCUGCAUGUCGAGGUUGUUAUACAGCCAUUUUUUCGGAUACACUGUACUUUAGCGUAUAUAAACAAAAGAUAUAUAAACAAAAGAUAAUGUAAGAGCUGGCUCAGCUCACCCCUAGCCAAGUUAUAGGUAGCGAAAGUGAAAUUCAAAUCUGAAACUCUCUUAAUUACCCGCCGGAAAAUGGCCCACUUCAAUUUUCCGCAGAAUAAAAAUUUUGUAAAAUUUGAUUGGCCGACACAAAUUUUCCGUAGGAAAAAAAAUUUUGAAGUUGAAAAUUUUCAACUUUUAAUAAUGAUAUUUUCGGAAACUUUUCUGUCCGUGGAAAUUUUCUUGAGUGGAAAUGGGCCUUUUUAGACAAAUACUUACCCCGUUCUCGCCAUUUUGUUUCCCUCAGGAACGGGUUGGAAUCGUAUACGUCUCGAAUCGCGCAGACUGCUGCUGGUCACGACUGUCUGGUUUCGAAAUUCGCGUUGGUAAUAGCUUGACCAUGGCCAGGAACACACGGUGCGGCACGACGCUUUCUCUAAACCGUGGAGAAACCAGAGAAAUUAUAUGUAACCCUCCUCUUGACGGACGAUAUGUGAGCAUUUCAAUGGAGAACUCUGGUGGUGCCUUCUUAACUUUGUGCGAAGUCGCUGUUUAUGCACGUAAGAAUUUUCAACCGUCAAUGGGGAGGACAGUCUAACUCCUAAUCUUCAGACCUCUUUGGGACCUCGCCAAUGGGGGGAUUCAAGGUUUCCGACGCCAUAACGAAACACAAUAGUGCAAGGGGUACAAACACAAUGGAAUUUCCAAUUUGUAAAUCUGCAGGGGAUGCAAACACAAUGGUGAAAGCAAUAGAUUCAAGAUGGCUUCGGAAACCUUGAAUCCCCCUACUAAUGUGUCCACUUAAAAGGGGGUGUUGUCCGUUAAUAAGGGUUCGAUUGUACAUCUGCUAUAAUGCUUAUAUACCCAAUUCACAACCUUUAAGUCGCACACGUGCCUAAUUACGAUUGUUUCCAGUUUAGAAAAGCAUAGAACAGAACGAAAGUGAUGUACGCAUUAAAAUUAUCUACAAAACAUAAGUGAAUAAGUCGUAGAAGGCUUUACCAUGUGAUUGUUUUUCGAAAUCAGAACAGUACUACUAGAUAUAUGCGAGUUAUAUUUCCUUCACGAAAUUUCGAUCUAAAAUUAAAAACAAUUGUAUUUUAAGUAAAUUUUUGAACAUAAACACUUAUAACUGCAGGAUGACAAGUUUAUACGGCAUUUUAAAAUUAUUUUGCAAUUGGUCGAGGUAUUGGUACGGCGCAUACGAAAUAGAUAAGCUCUUUAAUCUGAUCUUCAUUUCUCUAUCGUUUCAGCCGCAGAAAAUCCGACGAAGAAACCGUCAAAGCCAGGUACGUAUAAAUGGCUCAUCCAUGCAAGGCCGAGUAGUUUAUUUUUACUUAAUGGUCUCCCUUUGGUAGUUGUCAUGGUAACCGAACUGAAACAGUUUAAAUCCAAAGUUUGCGGGUAUAUUAGAUGAUUUUUUUGAGCAAAAGAACAAAGGCAAAACAAUUUUCAGUUCAUUUAAUAACAUCGUGAUAGGAAACUUUGAGAGUGAAAAAGUGAUGAAGGUGUAAGGCUUUUUACUAUAAAGAUAUCUGACAUUUCUUAGAAUGACUCGAAUAUCACACGUAUAAAAAAUCAUUUUUGGAAUUAAUCCCACUGAUUAUAACGAUUCAUCGACACUGUAUUCCUAUGCCAAGCUUUGCAUGUUUAAAAACAGCCAAAUGGGAACCAGGUUAAAAAUAUAUCUGGAAAAAUCGCUAUAUUAUUAAACUAUAGUCCCCAUUUCUCAUACAGAAAUACAAGGAGUCCUUCAACACUCGAAAUCCAAGCUUUGCGUACUGCCAAAAUACAAAGAGGUCGCGAACAAUUCGGCAGUUGUGCUCACUGCAAAAUGUUCCGAAGAUCCCGCUCGUUUCCGAAGUCUAGCCGACGGCUCUCUUCAACACAUCGAUAGCGCAAUGUGUCUCGGUCCCAAGGAUGGUUGCAUCACCUCGUCAAAAGAUACCGAGCUCGUUCUGAUGGACCAAUGCGGGAAGAAAGAAACAGAAUUCAGCUUCACCGAAAAAGGCAGCCUGAUGCAUGUCAUGUCGAAGACUUGUGCAAGGCCAAGCAGCUAUCCCGUAUCAAACGAAGAUACGACAAUGGUUGUGUUGAAUGCGCUGUGUGAUUCGACGAAGAAUAAGUUUGAAUUGGUGACAGGUAAAUGGACCUUGGAAUUGCUUACGUCGCGUAAUUUUGAAACAAUGAAUUAUUGACCCAAAAGUAACCAACAAUGCACUGUGCAUUCCAGAAUGCCUCUGUAUUAUUUUAGUAUUAAAAGUUAAGGUUACCAUUGAGUAAUUUUACAAAAUAUAAAACAAUGGACAUUCCGAAAACGGUUAACAUUUUAAUUCAACGUUUCGACUAGCUUGCAGUCUGCAAGCUGGUCGAAACGUUGAAUUAAAAUGUUAACCGUCUUGGGAGUGCCCAUUGUUUUGUAUUUUAUUAGUAUUAGUCCCUCUGUAUUAUGAGGGCUACAAGUUCAUUAGUACUUGGUACUAUUAAGUGUCACCCUCUUUAGAUAAAGUCUCUAUCUAUCGAUUAUUUAUUACUGCAUGACGUAAGGUCUAAAAUAAGAUCUGUUGGCUCCAGUUUCAUAAUGAUAGGAGAUCCUCUUUCCAAUGUAAUCCGGGAUAGUAAUCCUGGAUUAGGGAAGGAAAAGGAUUGAUUAGAUAGGAUUAGGGUUUUGGUAAGAAUGGGUGUUUGUGAACUCAGCGACUGGACUCUGUACGUCAGUUGGUCAGAGUGCUGCACCGGAAUCGCAGGGACCCAGUGCGAUCCUGUCUAUGGUUGCAUUUUUCGCUGCUGCUCCCGGUCAGGUCCAAAAUAUGAAUAUUAUGUAUAUAAUUCUUGCUCAAAAUUUCCAUCGACAAAAACCGUUUUGAAUUUUUAGUACCCAUGCCAACGCCUACUUCGUUACCAGUAGCAGGAAAUUGUGGGCAAGUCAUGUUAGCAAAAUCUGUCUUGGUUAUCGGUGGUGUGAAUGCAAAACGCGGAGCUUGGCCGUGGCAGGUAAGAUUUUCAUAGAUAUAGAUCGAAACAUAUGAAGAUGAACGAUAUCUCUACAAUCGGCAAGGCCUUAUUUCCAUACAGCCAGUGGCGUUGCCACGGGGGGUUAUCGCUCGUUUGAGGUUGGCUACGCCCCUGCAUAUAGUACGUUAAAACAAAGGGUUUUUUCAAAACUAUUUCACGACGGUUAUUUAAGACAUUCGUGAUUUCUGGUUUGGAACAGACUAAUUUGGCUAACGUUAUUUAUAUCGCGGUUGCUAUAUCCAAUUCAUAACUACAGAUAACACACAUACCUACAUACUAUCGUUCUAGUUUACAGAAGCAUAUAGAACAAGGUAACUAGAUUAUGUAUAAGAGUUACUCACUCGUAUAAAUAAUUCUGAAGCUUAGUUACGUUUGUUCUAUGAUGCUUCUGCAGAACAAUAUAGUAAGUAGAGUACUAACUAGGCAUGCGAGUGACCUAAAAUUGUGUAUGAAUUGGUUAUAAACGAACGAUAGUCAAAUGUGUCUAUCAAUUGCUUGCACUAACAAAAUUUUCAUUUUCGAUUUUAUAUAUAGAUUACAAUUUUACUGAUAGCACCCAAAACGGAUGCCAGACUGGGCGUUUCGUUUUAAAGUGUUACACCUUUAUAAAAUUAAGUCUAUUCUAUUCUUAACCACACUAUAUAUGGUUUUCCAAAAAUAUAUUUCUUAAAUAUUUUCUUGAAAUAUGUCUUCAGGUCGCACUCAAACGAAGUGGUCGCUUUAUCUGUGGAGGUUCUCUGAUUAAACCAGACUGGGUUGUCACUGCGGCACAUUGUAUUAGUACUGGCGUAAGGUAAUGUUUUCAUAUACUAACGACUUUGGUUAGCUGUUCUUAAUGCUUUCCCAACACUAUCAUGUAUUCUAUUUACGUUAAAACGUGGUUGGAACACUCGUCAAACCUUUUAUUUUGUUAAUCUCUAGUUUGAAACGUCUCCAGAAGGCCUUCAUUGACAAGCCCUAAGUGCGUUUGCAACAAAAUCGAAACUUAUAUGGAUAAAACUAAUUUUCGUUUUUAUUGUGCUUAAAUGAAUCCCAAUCUUCCCCAUAAUGAAACGGGAGAUAACCUAUAUGAUGAAAUAUAAAUUUACCAUACUUGAUAUGAUAAUUUUGAAAUUUGAAGACUUUUGACUGUUCCGUAAUGGAAGUGUUCCAAUUUUUCGUUCACUUAAUUAUAAAAUAACUGAAUGCCAGCUGCAAAAAAAUUCACCACGUACGUAGACAUUUAAACUGUCGUACUAAUUGUUCAUUAAACAUUCUUAUGCUCCAGACCUGAUACAUACGCUGUUGUUUUGGGUGAACAUGAUCGAAGAACUACUGAAGGAAGCGAAAACGAAAUAACGGUGAAGAGAUAUAUCAAGCAUCCUCAGUACAAUAGACCAUAUCCCAUUAACAACGACAUAGCAUUACUUCAAUUACGUUCGCCUGCGAAGCUUGGAUCACGUAUCAAUACGGUGUGUUUACCACCACAAGACUACAAUGUUCCAAUAACCUCGACAUGUUACAUCACAGGUGAGUUUAGGGCACUGAUCCCAAAACUUGGAUUGGAAUAAAUUCUUUGUUUGCAAUCACGUGACUUUUCAUCCACAUGACGGGCAAUCUAACAACUUGUGAACGAUUUUUCUCCUAUCAGAAUGGUUGUAGCAAGAAAAACUGAACGGUAAUUCAUCUUUUGAAUCUUAAACCGUCUCUAAACUCGAUCAAUACAUUACAACCAAAAUUGCGUCAUUGCAAACAAAGAAAGAUAUUGUCAAAAGAAAAAUAUUCAAUCGGUCACUUCCCCAAUACAAUGGCCGCCUUAAUUCUCAUUAUCUCGUGUUUAAAACGAUCUAAACCUCAUUAGAAAAGAUGUGGGAAGCUAUAUCUAGCAAGCCACGUCGAAUAAGAUAUUUGCUUGAUUGUAUAACUAAUUUAAACGCGUAACGAUUAACUUCGUAAGAAAUGUAACCGAUUUAAAAAUCUCUGUUCUUCAUUUUAAAUAUUCUGGUUUCAAAAUUUAUUCCCUGAAUGAAACACUGUCGCUGAGGUAACACAUACCUCCAACCACUGCCCAGGCUCCCUUGUUUCAGGCGGAUAAAGACCCAGGAUUUUUUACUCUACAGGUUGGGGUAAAAUUCGACAUCCAGGUAGUUCACAUCCAAUUUUACAACAAGCUGAAAUGCCUCCUGUAUCAAAUCCUGUUUGUCAUGAAAAGUUAAAGAAAUCGCCUGGUAAGUAAACAUUGAAAACCUACCUUAAACCUAACCCCAAUCUUAAACCAUAGCAUUAAGUGGCAGUGAAGUCCGUCCUGCUCAUCCGCGUAUUUUGUUUACAUAUGUUGUUUACAUACAUUAGUCAUGUUGGAACAACUUGUAGCAAGUCUGUUACCAUCAUCAUCAAUUAACCUUGUAACAAGGUGAUAGCAACUUGUUCCAGACUUGUCAAACAACAAGCAGUGGGAACACAUCCUGAUAUCGAUUUGACAACAAUCUUGUUACAACUUGUUUACAAAUCUGUAACAACUUGCGCGUUUUUACGCCGUGUGUGUUUUGAAAACCUCCCUCUCGUACAUCCAUUUAUCGCCAUUAUUUCGCAAUUACCUGCUUAUCGCAACUUUCAUCCAUUCCUCAGCAGGUUCAUCACUGACCAUAACCAAGAACAUGAUCUGUGGAGGAAAAGAAGGAAGUGUCAUCAGCGGUUGCCAUGGAGACAGCGGAGGACCCUACGUGUGCAAGGACACAAGCGGUCGUUGGUUCCUACAGGGCAGUGUGAGUUGGGGUAGCCCAAGAUGCAGUACGGCCGAGAGAUACAGUCUUUGCAAGAGUGGCAAAAUUUCGAACCUGGAUCGACGAUGAAAUUGAUAAAAAAACCAGCCUAGACGCCGUUUAUAGAAUAUAAUUUUUAAAACUAGAAUUAGAUUGAAAUGACUUAUUAAGAAUCUGACUAUUAUGUAGGUUACUAUAAAAGAACGACAAAAUUAGGACAUUUAUAAAUUGUUUAUUGUAGGCCAUAAGUAUUAAGACCGGGACAAAAUUAAAGUAUGAUAUGUUUAUAGUCGUUAAAACACAACGCAAAAUUUAGGUUAUAUUAUUGAAAUUGUACAAGAUUUAUGCACACUUGUAAUUAUUUAGGACUUUAUUUAUUCAUAUUUGCAUAUUGUACGAAAUGAAAAAUAAAUUGAAACAAAACG